UUCUUUAAAUGUGCAAGAAUGAAUUCUAUCGCUUUUAAUACCUUUAUUUUGACGUUGAUUUACCCGAAAGUCUACGGGAACAUGGACCAAGAAAAGAGACGGGAACAGAAUCUGAUCAAAUUUCCUCGUUCAUUCCUUGAAACACCAGUUAUUAAAUCAGGUCAAGUCAAAGACGCGUUAAGCUGCGGGAUUUUGUGCUUGAUGGCCCCGGGCUGUAAGUCUAUCAAUAUAGCUCUUAAGUCGAAAAAAGGACUAUAUAUUUGUUUGCUUCUGCAAACUGAUAUAUACGCUUUGGGCGCAAGGCUUCUCAGCAACGAUUCGUUUGAUCACUAUACGCCAAAGAAUUUGUGUCAUCACAAGCCCUGUCUAAACGGCGGGACCUGCCAGCAGACAGAUGAGUACACAUUCCGCUGCACUUGUUCCCCGGAGUUUAUUGGGAAACGAUGUGAGAAAGAUUGUGCGUUCGCGUUAGGAAUGGAGAAUAAACGUAUCCUUAAUUCCCAAAUCACCGCCUCCUCUUUCUUUGGACCUAACCAUACGCCGUGGCAAGCACGCCUAAACAAUCAAAUGAUCAAUGGCGGCAGUACUGGGUCCUGGUCAGCUCAAACCAGUACCAUUGAUGAGUGGCUAAAAGUCGACCUUGGCUCAGAGAAGACCAUCACCAAAGUUGCCACUCAGGGGAGACCGAAUAAUCAUAAUUUUUAUCAGUGGGUGAAGAGCUAUGCGAUACGACACAGUCUGGAUCAAGCUACGUGGUCAUUCUGCUCAGAAGGAGGGGCCAUUAAGGAGUUCCAGGGAAACACGGAUCGAAAUACUGUGGUGUCCAACUAUCUUCCAGAGCCUGUCCGAGCGAGAUAUGUCCGAUUUGUUGUCAAGGCGUGGGAAGGUCAUAUCUCGAUGAGAGUGGAGCUCUAUGGGUGUGAUAACUGACCGAUGGACCAGCAUCGACCGAACGAUCAGGGCCCAUUGUUUGCCAGAAAGUUAUAGGUUGUAAAGUUUCGAGCUCAAUUUUAAAUCGACUUCCUUGAAUUAAUGGUUUCAAUUUCACGAGUAUGGCGAAUAUGCCUUUUGAACUUUUGGAGAAAACCUCACGAUAGGUAAUGAUUUUGAAAUUGAAUAAUCUCGAACUCGAAUAAAAGCUCGUAAAUGAUCAUCCAUAAUAAUCCAUAAUAAUAUUCUAUAAAUAAUAUAUUCCAAUUCCAUUUUUUUUUAAUUAAUUUAAUUCUACUUUCAUUUUCUAAUUUUAUGCAUUGUAUUUAUUACUUUUAAGUAUGAUAAUGUAUCUAUGAGGACCCUCAUAAAAGUCACCCAAGUGGUGAUAAGGCCUCCUCUUUAAAUAUAUAAUUAUUAUUAUUAUCAGGAUCAUUGGCAUUGCCAUUGAUGCAUACAUCCAAACAAUUGUAAUCGAAUUUUAGAACAAUUGUAUCCAAGCACAAGUUUGUUUA